CUUCGAUCACGUGAAGGCUUCAGCGGGUCACGGCGCCAACGUUGUACCACUGGUAAACUUGAAUCGGAUAGUUGCGCGGCCAUCAUUGCAGUUCAGUCCAGGCAAACUUCUGGUCGGGCCUCCAGGCGGUAUUAUGAUUGUGAUUAAUGAUAACGACUGGGUCUCGACGAUGAUUUUUUUGUGUCUACAUAGAAGAUAGCCUCGAAUAAAUGGAACGACCCGCAUCCACCAAAAAGAUACACGGUAAUAUGCAACUACGAUUCCUGCAACUAUAUUCAGGUUACGCCUCACCGAGUGCGCUGCUUUCUGGUGGGCCGCCGACGUAUCGGCGCAACGAACAAGUUCAGCAACAGCGAGAACAAGCCACAUCGUCAAGGAGGGAACGGUCGGCUCACACGACUGUAGAUACGAGAGGCAGAGGCAAAACAGAUCUGGUGCAAAAUUCUAGUACAAACGCCGUUCUGGACAAAGUUGCUCACUCAUCUUCUGAACGCACCACUUCUACUAAAGGUAAAGUUGAUGGAGACCAUCCACCUUCUAUUGUCGACGGAGGACCUUCAAUAUUAGUGCGUCCCCGACCUGCACCUGCGCCUGGCAUUCUUGAUAUGGCUCGAACCAGGGGACGAGCUCCGAAUUUUGACCCAGCGACCCUCCGAGGUGUCUCUCCACGCCUGUUCGUACAGCCUUUAGUGCCACCUGUUUCGUCCAAACCUCUUUGUACUCGCCAGCCGAUGCUGCAAUCUCCGACAGCGGCAAAAGUUUCAGCAUCAUCAGAUAAGAG